AAGCACCAGUAAUCCAACGAAGCCAGGGCUCGGUUCGUUUACAACUUUCCUCAGCGCACGCGCCGCCGCUCCCCGGCUGCUUCCGUCUCCCGCGCACACCGCUGCUCUCGCCCUUGCCUGGCGCCUUCCCGGCUGCAGGCUCUCCCGGUCGCCGCCCCGCCUCCCUCCUCCCCCGUAGCUCGCCAGUUUUUCACCGGGGUUCACUUCAAUCUUGGCUCCGCCACUGCCAACAGCUCGCUCCCAUGGCGCCGGCGGCGCCGGCGGCGCCCGUGGCGAGUCAAGCACAGGCAGUUCUGCGCGGCCGGCUCUGCGACCCGGCCUUCGUCCACUCCCGUCUCAGAUCCUCGCCCGACACCAACUACAGUAAGCUGAAGUACCUCGUGUCCAGCUCCGUCUCCGAGGCCUGCAACAACUCCGUCCUCCUCCUUGGACCCCGCGGCUGCGGUAAAGGAGCGGUGCUCGACAUGGUUCUGGAGGACCUGAAGGAGGAACAUCCUGAUGCCAUAUCUGUGAUCAGGCUGAAUGGCAUGUUACAUAGUGAUGACAACUGCGCUACAAAGGAAAUUGCCAGGCAGCUGUGUCUGGAGCAUGAGUUGUCAUUUUCCAAAAUGGCUUCUUCAGAUGACAACACUGAAUUCAUGAUUGACAUGUUACGAGAGUGUGGACUAGCUCACAAGACAGUAAUUUUUGUCCUGGAAGAGUUUGAUCUCUUUGCUCAGGGGAAGCAGCGGUUACUCUAUAGCUUACUUGAUGCAAUGCAAUCUCUUACAUCACAAGCUGUUGUCAUUGGUAUGAGUUGCCGAUUGGAUGCAGAUCAAUUGCUAGAAAAAAGAGUUCGAUCUCGCUUCUCUCAUAGGAAGCUUCUUUUUGUUCCUUCUUCAUUGGAUGAUAUACAGAGGUUAAUGGAACAUCUGCUAAUGCUAGACAAAGGCUCGUGCUUACCUACAAACUACGUUACGGAGUACAAUUCAAUGCUUACUAGCAUUUUCAGCAAUAAGAAGUUUAAAGGAAUUCUUGACUCUCUCACGGAUACAGAUGCAACAACCAGCAACAUCCUGAGAUUUCUCUUCAGAGUGGUGUCAUAUAUGGAUAUGGAAUCUGGACUUCUGUCAAUGGAAUGCUUUACGAAUGCGCUUUCCUCCAUGCAGAGGCAACCCAAGAUGGACAGUUUGCAAGAUCUGUCGAUUUUGGAACUGUACAUACUUGUAUGCAUGAACAGACUAGAAGAUAAGGAGCAGAAGUCGUACAACUUCAACACUAUAAUAAAAGAAUACAAAUCCAUACAGGAUGCCUACAAAACUUCUGAUAAGUAUGCAACCACUGUUUGCUUCAGGGCUUUUGAACAUCUUUUGGACCGCGAGUUGAUCACCUUCGCGGACUCAAAAGGGAGAAAUGUGGCACUUGAAUAUCGGCCUGUCAAACUUCUGAUAUCUUCUCGCGAGCUCGCACAGUCGCUCAAGUUAAACACUACCUGCCCCGCUGUGCUGCAAAAGCUGCUUGACCGUGAAAGAUAUAUGUAGAAGUUCCUAUGUGUUUGCGUAAACUGUGACGCUGUUUCGGUGGUUCCUAAGUACGUAAUGGUUUAGAAAGCUGCACAAUUACAAACUUGAACGCGUAGACUGAUGCAACAAUGACUUGGCCAGUCGUUGGCAAGUAUGGUUCUCGAUUUUUGAGCAGCGAUCAUGUGAGGUAGUAGUGGGUGCUUGAUCAAUUGCUGCUGAUGGGAUGUGAACAUGUAAAAUUGCAGCAAACUUGGCCGUUAAGUGAGAUCGCGUCAUUGCUGAAAAAGAAAAGAUUUUGUUUUAUCUA